AUGGCCGGUGAUUUAAUUUUGCUCUGGCUGGCAGCUGUCUCUCUUCUUUCUGCCUUCCAGCGAUGUAAGAAGGAGCUGUGGGCUGCACGGCUGAGGUUUGGGGAGAUUUCCACCGGUUCUGAAACUAAUGUUCUUUCAAAUUUAUUCUGUGGACAAAACUGUGUGGAGUUUUACCCAAUAUUCCUGACUGUUUUCCCCACCAUAUUAAUCUUUUAUUUCUUAGAAUUAGCUUCCUUUCUGGGUAUGUUGCACAUGUUUGCCCACUACAAGUACUUCCAUGGUUAUGUCCCAUCUGUGAAAGGAAGGUUAACAGGGUUUUAUUUGAGUGUGCUGAUUCUGAUUUGCUUGAUAACCCUGGCUGCAGCUGCUGCAGCUGGGAUUGUCAAAAGCUUUCUGGAUGAAUACCUGGACUUCAGCAUAAUGGAGAAAAGUCCAUCAAUUGCUCUGAAGUGUACCGAGGUUGAUGACCAGACCACAGGAUAA